AUGUCAUUGUACAGGAAGACCUCAUCAUCCAAUUACCACAUCACUGAAGACUUAUCGGCACUCAGGCGGAUGCAGGGAACCUCUGAGCUUCCUUUAGUUCUGGAAGCACGGUGCCAACCUGGAAUUGCUGAACUUGAAUCAGGCUUGUGCCAGAAGGGAGCAUCAGAAGAUAAUCGACCCCUUCAAUCACCUUACGAGAAACCUACGGGAAGCGAAACCCUUGAUCCGACAGAACAGCAGGAAAACUCCAAGGCACCUGCCUCUUCCCGUGCCUUUAAAGGUGACUGGAGAUAUGUGGAACUAUAUAACUCGCAUGUCAAGCAAUUUUUCAGCCUAGACUACCCCGGUGAACGAAAGAAGGGUAUGAAAAGAAAAUUGGAAGACAGUAAGAUUACGACUGAAAGAGCAUAUUAUAGACCAGAAAAGAUCCCAAAACUAACUGACGAGCCGGACUCCUCAGUCAAUGGUACUAGCAGGGACGAUUUAGCUGAUCUAUCUGUGGGUACACUCUGGACAGCAAAUGAGAAGGAUAUAUUUUUCCGAUGUUUAGCCCGCUUCACAAUUCACCGUGUAAGUGAGUUUCUUGAGCACCUACCAAGGAAGAGCGAAGGUGAAAUCAUCGCCUAUUACGAACUUUUAAAGAGGGAACUCGAAUACCACAAAGUCAAAGAGACGCAUUCUGUCCAGCUAAGAGAAAAGGGAAGUACUGCUCCUUUUCUACGACAUAAAUACGACAUUGUGACCGUACCGGGUGGCAUAGAUUACUUUGACAUUCCCAUUGCUUGCGAGGUGAGUGAUGAGUGGGUGGAGUAUGAAGAAGAACAGAGUAUACAUAUCGCAGAUAGACAACAGCGACUCGAUACCGAUAGAGGUAAAGCACAAGCGAGACACAUGAAGCUGUACUUUGGGUCUAACAAAGACAUCUCCACAAAUGAGGAAGUGCCACUUCUAAACGUCGAGACAGCGUAUAAUGUAUCCAAAAUUUACAGAGGGAAUCAAAUAACCAUGAUCCAAGAGAAGAAAUCAGCUCCACGACUCAUAUUUGAAUCUGCAAUAUUUUUUGAAGAGAUCAUUCGUCUCACUACGAGAAGGAUUAUUGCAUCUUUGGCUCUUGGAAAGUUUUACACAAGUUUCGAUGGGUGUCAACUAAUUGAUGUUGCGUCGAAUGACAUUUGGACUGCAGUGAGAGAUUCUAAAAUCUUCGAGGAGCGCAAACUUGGAGGUAAGCUGCGGAAGAAGGCGGAGAGUGGGAUUCUUGAGGCUUACUGGGCAAAUAUUGAUUCCUCCUUGAAUUUAGUCACUGACAAUCAAUUCCCAAGAAUUGCAAUUGACAACACCCAUGACGAUGGACCUGCCGACAAUGACCUUGGUGUCAUGAUAGUGCCUCAAAAUUUGGAGGCAGAGGAAUAUCCGGAUCACUUAAUUGAGGAUGGAGCAUGUGGGAAGUUUGAUACUAGUGACUCAAAUCAUACGGAUGAAGAUGAGGAUGAAGAGAACGAAAAUUUCGCCUUGGGCUACAACUGGGAUGCCUUCAAGGACGUGAAGAGACACAAAAGAGGUCGGGCGCUACCCUAUUACGUUGAGUUUGAUCCUGCGGCGCUUGACACUCCUCAGGGAUAUAUCGGUUCACCUAAAGGAGUGCUUGAUAUCUGUAUUGACGACGAGCUUAUACUAGAGGAAACAGAAGCGCUAGAGGCACAAGAUAAGGAAAAGGCUGAUGCGAUAGCCGAAGCUGCAAUGCAAGAAUUCGAUGGAUGUGAAUGGGACGUGCUGGCGAAUGCACAAAUAAGUGAUAGCGCAGAUGAGGACGGCAAUCCGUAUAAGGGAGAUCAAAAAUUUGAAGUUGUGUGUCUGCCAAGUCUUAGAGAUUCUUGGAAGCGCCAUUUCGCCCUGUAUUAA